ACCUGGUUUUCUUCAGCGUAUAAUUCUGUUCGUAUAUAUCAUUUAGGUUAUAAUGUUCUCAAUCACUUCAUUAAAAUAAUUUUGUUCUAAUGUCGGCUUAAAAUUACUGAACUGAAUAAUGUGAGUAUCGAAUAUCAUCAAAAUCUCAACCAAAACAAUUGUAUUGGGAAAUACCUUACCUAUAUGAUUACACAUGGAAAAUUUGAUAAAUAUGAUAUAUACGACUUCUCAGUUGAUCAAGACCAAUUAUGAAUUACGAAUACGGACGGCAUUUACGUUGAAGCACUUAAGCAGGUUUAAGUUCGUAUGUGACUUAGCUUAGUCGAGCUCGAGUUUUCUAUGAAGUCGCUUUAAGUUCAGUUACUGUACGAGGCCAGUGCGAAUCGAAGAAACGCGAAAACAAUAGGAAUGUAUGAAAACAGUGACGUCAUGCUGGUUUAAGAUGAGGGAAUUUUACUUAUUGUGGUGUUUCGUCGUUCUAUUUCAUGUCAGAAAAGCCUUUGGAGACAACCCGGUGAUUAUAGGAAACGACAAUGCAGACAGUCCUGUUAUUCCUGCAGGCGAAAGCUAUAACUUAACGUGUUAUGGAAGCCGCCCAGUACAUUGGAUUACUCCAUCGCCACCGGAGGACAAAAAACUAUGGACUACCUUCACUCAAACUCAGGAUACAUCUCCGUUUCGAUCAGUUCUGUAUAUAACAAAUAUGACUUAUUUGGUUGUUGGAUUCUACAUAUGCCAGUACGACAGUAUACCUAACGAGCAAGAUCAAAUUUAUUUAUAUGUGAAUGAUUCUAGUCAUCUAUCAGUGAUUGAUAAUGAAGAUAUAUCAAUUCUUCACGCUGUCCAGUACGAAGACACCAUCAUUCCUUGCCGGCCUUCAGCACCGGAUAUUCAUGUUAAUUUACUGUAUUUUGAAAACGACGAAAUGCAAAUACGCCCGAAAAAUGGUAGAAUUAUAAAAACAGAUGAGUUAAAUGAAAUGAACUUAAACACAAUGUACCGAUUUGAUCCACGGAAAGGGUUUUGGACAAAUGAUACAUUAAGGCCAAUUAAAAUGAAGAGAAAUAAAUGGACAUGCACUUUUUCACGUUCUAGCAACGUUCUCAAAUUGCAAGUACCGAUGAUUAUUGAAGCUCGCAAAACUUUCCUGGCUAAACCCGUUAUCCGGGACAUUUCACAGAAUCACACCGAAGUGGGUGAAACAUUCAGGCUAACAUGUCGGAUAGCAGAUGAAAGCAGUGUCAUUUUUAAAUGGGAAACUCCUCGAGGAACAUUCGCCUAUGGAAAUAAGCAAAACGAAAAUGAUGUUAUUCUUGAAAGCCUGAAAAGAUAUGAUAUAAAUGGGUCAACCCAUUUUGACUCCACAAUUAUGGUAGUCAACAGCAAAUUAGAUGACAUGGGCUUAUAUUCAUGUAAAGUAUCCGAUCGGCAAGAUAAUCAGGAAGAAACGUCGAUAUUCGUUUUUAUUCAUAAUAAAUAUGACUGCUCAAUUCGAUUGCAUCCGCAAAACAAUCUAACCAACAUUGAAGUAUAUACUGGAGAGUCCGCCCAAUGGAUAAUAGAUGUGUCAGGACAUCCAAUGCCUGAAUUGACAUGGUACGAUACUAAUGGGGACGUAAUACAAAAUGACGAUAUGUACGAAAUUAAACAGUAUGAUGAUAAUAUUAUGUAUAAAGUGAAAAAAGCCUCACUUAAAACAGCUGGGACGUAUAAGGUACAGGGAAUUUCAUAUCGCAACCAGGAAACUGGAAACUGUCCACAAACGCAAGAGCUUUUGCUGAACUUAUAUGUAUAUGAAAAACCUACAGUUUGUAUAGGAUCGAGAGAAACAUGUAAAAGUAAUCACAUUAAACGGCCAAACAUCUAUAAAAUAAAUGAAGAAAUUGAAGUUGAAUGUUCUGCAAUAGGAUAUCCGCUGCCGGUCAUCACAUGGGAGCUAAAGCAAUGCCUAGGCAGUGAAUGUUCGUUCGAACCAAUUGAGGGAGAAACGAAGUUUGUAUCCCGUAAAAAUUACUUGACCAAAAGUUAUGUGAGAAUUAAUGCCGAAAGAGAUGGCAUCCUUAAGUGCAGAGGGUCCAAUGGUUUAGGCGAUGACACAUAUAAUACUACGUUUUACAUAUCUGAUGUCAAAGAUGGAUUUGAUGUAUUCGAGUUUGGGGAGAAUUCUAUUGAGUUAAGGAAUGGAUCAGCUCACGAAAUAAUUAUUGCCGAAAAUAGCACGAUAACAUUUACCUGUGGGGUUUGUCCCAAAAGAUCCGAUACUCUAGAUGUCUUUUUAAAUGAUAGUUUACUAAAGAGUGGUGAAAGGCACAGUCUUCAUACAGUCGGAAAUACUCUAUCAAAUAAAACGACUAUAACUCUUCAAGACGCUCAGCUAACUGAUUCGGGAAGUUACAGUUGUCGAAUAAGAAAUCUGCAUGAUAACUCCUACGAUUAUCUAAAUGUAACGUUCACAGUCAAAAAGCCUGAGAAACCUGUUAUUUGGGAAAGCAAUUUAAACGGCGAAGUUUUGGUGGAUUACCCAAAUAUGACCUACGAACUCUACUGUCAUGUUAGUGGCAUUCCAAAGCCCGCAAUCGAAUGGUAUAAGGACGAAAUCUUGAUUACUGAAUCAAAAAGACUUACUCUGAAAGAUGAUGGAACCGUUCUUCUAUUUAAUAAAACCGAAGUGGGAGACGAAGGAAUUUAUCGAUGUGAAGCAUUGAAUUCGGAAGGAUCGGAGUUUCGUCAAGCGCCUUUAAAAUUCAAAGUAAAACCUGUUUCGGUGGUCAUCUAUUAUUACAUCACUGGAGCCAUUGGAUUGCUUUUACUAGCCGCUGUUAUAUAUAUUUGCAUAAGAAUUCGCAAAGAAAGGGAAUUGCGCCGUGAAUUGAAACUGCUUGGUCUAGAAAAUUUCCAUAAUGGAAACCCGGAGAAUCUGAAUCCCGAUUUGGGAAUUGACGAUCAAGCUGAACUGUUGCCGUAUAAUAAAAAGUUUGAAUUCCCCGCAGAAAAUCUAAAAAUUGGAAAACAAUUGGGUUCUGGUGCAUUUGGAGUAGUGAUGAGAGCAGAAGCCAAAGAUAUAAUUGAAGGAGAGUCCAAAACUACAGUGGCAGUAAAAAUGGUGAAAAAAAACGCCGAUCAAUCAUACAUUAAAGCAUUGGCAUCCGAGCUAAAAAUUAUGGUCCACUUAGGAAAGCACAUUAAUGUCGUUAAUUUACUUGGAGCAUGCACAAAAAAUGUUGCAAAAAGAGAACUGCUUGUUAUCGUCGAGUUUUGCCGAUUUGGAAACCUCCAAAAUUACAUUUACAAACACAGAGAAUCCUUUAUUAAUCAAAUUGACCCUGUUAGUGGAAAUAUAGAUUACAAUAUUGGGGCAGAUCUACUAGAAAGGUCAUAUUCUGUUUCAAGCGAUACACGCCGCUCUACAAUGAGGUCUCAAUCAAUGCAAGAUUACAGAGACCGAGCUCACACUAUGAGCGCAAAUACUCAAGUUACUUCAUUAGGUGAUGAAAGUGUAAUGCUGAGUAACAGCAAUAACAGUAUACAACCAGAGUGGCGAUUGAACUACAGAGGAGAUUAUAGAGGAGACGUAAAACCGAUUUCCACCAGAGAUUUGUUGACUUGGGCGUUCCAAGUGGCCAGAGGAAUGGAAUAUCUUGCCUCAAGAAAAGUUCUCCAUGGAGAUCUAGCAGCCAGGAAUAUUCUUCUGGCGGAUAACAAUGUCGUUAAAAUCUGUGAUUUUGGACUAGCAAAAACAAUGUAUAAUGACAACAACUAUAAGAAAAAAGACAAUAAUCCUAUACCUGUAAAGUGGAUGGCAAUCGAAUCGUUAAGAGAUCGAAUAUUCUCCACGCAAUCGGACGUAUGGUCCUUUGGUAUAGUUUUGUGGGAAUUCUUCUCUUUGGCCAGAACGCCAUAUCCAGGAAUGGAAGCAGAUGAGCGCUUAUAUCACAAAUUGGUCGAAGGAUUUAGAAUGGAAGCGCCAGUUUUUGCAUCUCAAGAAAUUUAUAACAUUAUGCUGAACUGUUGGAAUACUAAACCUCUAGCGCGGCCAUCUUUUACCAAACUCACAGAUUUAAUUGGAAAUUAUUUAGAAGAUAGUGUUCGUAAGCACUACGUCGAUCUGAAUCAAACAUACAUCCAAAUGAACAUGGACAAAAUGGAAACUAACGAUUUCCUUGCAAUGCUCAGUCCGCCUUCUUUUGAUGUGUUGUCUACUCCCGCACCAAGAUAUGUGAAUGCCGAGGUGUUUGACGAUAAUUCAGUAAGACCUCAAACUGCAGGAACUUCGAAUGGUUACCUUUUCAUGGGCGGCAGUAAAAUAUUUAGUCCAAGACUUGAGACUGAUGAUAUUUUUAAUUUUUCACCUGAACUUAGAAAAGAACGAACUUUGGGUUCUCAAGAACUGAGGCCAAUAUUGCAUUCCAAUAACGAGUCAGAUGCUGAAACCGGAUAUCUGACUCCCAUAACACCGAUAAACAGUAUUUCAAAUCCCACAUACCUUCAAGUCCCCGUACAAGAAUCUCGAAUACCUGGAAAAGCUGUUCCACAAGUUGCCAAACCAGCUGGAAAUAACUACGUUAUAUUGCCUCAAUAUAAAAACGAUAUCAAUGAGAAUUCGAAAGAUGAAGAACAUGAUUCGUCAGUAAAAUUCGGUUUAAGGAACAACGCAGGAGACAUUGGAAAUAAUGUGCAUUAUGUAAAUAGAGACAAUGAUAUGUGGAAUUCUAUCAACGUGUGAAAUGGAAAAAACGUGAAUGGUUACAUGAGUUACAAGUUACCGAUUGCAGUUGCGCCAUUACUUCAAGAGAUUAAAGUAAAGUUUAUUUCAUCACGAAUUUUGUCAAUGUGCCAUUAUUACUUAAUAAAAGCUGUAUUAAUAUUUG